AACAUAAAUUCACUAUUACCUAGGAGAGUACAUUUUUAACCAGAUUUCAUGAGAAAAUUUAAUUAGUACAUGUGACUUUAUUUUCUUCGCAGUAAGUAUAUCUUCUGUUUCAUUGAGCACCUGAGCAGCAUAUAUAACCAUCUCAUCAUGGCGCGAAUUUCGGGCAGUAUGCUUCACGUUGAGAAAUUCUUAUGUUUCAUAAGUCUUCGUGGAGGUACCUUAUUUUCAUUAUACGCAACAUUGGUUUUCUGGUUUCAUGCUGCUUUAAUGACAUUUAGCGAAGCGAGAGUUAGUUAUGGUUUGAGCCCUUAUGCACUAUUUUUUUUAAGUAUAAUGAUCAAGGGUGUUCUUGUUUCCUGCUUCACAUUAUUAUACUUCCCUGAAAUUGGGAAAAAGUAUGAUACAAAAUCGAUAAAUGUGAGAUGCAUACUAUAUUUUUCCAUAUUCAGUGGCUUGUGGGCAAUAAUUGGUUUUAUUUUGAUAUUUUCUUACGUUGUGUUGGAUAAUAAUCGUCUGGACAUAUCGGUUGCAUUAUUCUCGAUUUCAUAUACAGGUUCAUUGUUGCAUUUUACAGCGGUCACCUACAGUUUUUACCUAUCCAUUCUGAAACCGAAAUCAUCAAAGGUGCUGAUAAAAAUUCGUAUCCCACCGCUCAGCUCAGACCUUCCACCACCCAGACCACCUCGUGACAUCUUCAGUAUUAAUCACUCUGGUAAUCUUUAUGUUGAGACGACGUAAUUGGGGAAAAACUGAAACUAGAGAGGUAGUCGAAAAAUUCUGUAUGUUCUUUAUUGUUAUUUUUGUAACUUAAAAUUGACAAUUUAUAACACUUUUUUUUUGCAUGAAAGUUCCCAAUUAUUUUUUGCCAUAUUCCUUCCUUACCUAUUUUUUAAUUAUAGGUAAGUUAUUUGUUAUUAUUAUUUUUUUUUAAAUUUACACAGCUAUUUUAUUUUUUUGAGAGAAAAAUUUAUUAUCUUCCUAAAAGUGGAAGUACAUACGUAAUACCUACUUGUAAAACCCUGUUAUCCUUAAUAAACAUCAUUUAUUCUCCA